CAUCAAGACUGACUGACGAAUAUCUGAAACGCAAGUCUCUGCUUUUCAGGACAUUUGUCAACAAGCCAAGAAUCUGGAGAAUGUGGUUCCUCAUUCAACUCCUAUCAGGUUUCCUCAGCCUCACUGCUGCAUAUGUCUCUCACCAAUUCUACUUUGUAAAUGAAGCAAAGAGCUGGACUGAAGCCCAGAGUUACUGCAGGAGCCAUUACACAGACCUGGCAACCCUCUUCAACACUGAUGAUGUGAAUGCGCUGACUCAACUAGGCAGCCCGACCGGCUCUGCUUGGAUUGGACUCUAUGAUGACUUGAUCGACAGCUGGAGGUGGUCCAUCACAAACAGCAGCUUCUAUGGGCCUGGAGAGACAGAGUUUAGGAACUGGAAUACGGACGUACCAGAACCCAAUAAUCACGGUGGACAGGAGCUGUGUGCUGAAAUGCUCCCUGACGGAAAAUGGAAUGACAUACCUUACAUUCCCGCCUAUGAAGACAAAGUAUUUGUUUGUUAUGUAGGAGCUAAUGACAGCUACGUUCUAAUACAGAAGCACAUCUCAUGGAAUGAUGCCCAAAGCUACUGUAGAGCCAACUAUACCGAUCUACCAAGCAUAAGGAACGCAGCGGAAAAUGAAAAGGUCCGUGAUGCCGCAGAUGGAAACAAAGUACACAUCGGUCUGUACAGAACCAGAACUUGGUCGGACAGCAGUGACUCUUCUUUCAGAAACUGGAACUCGAGCCAACCUGAUAACCUCUAUGGUGGAGAACACUGCACUGCAAUGUCAUUCAGCGAUGCCGGCCAGUGGACAGAUGAGGACUGUGCUACCACUCGUCCUUUCUUCUGCUACAGAGAUACGGUUGUCACUCUCAGGGCUGUGGUAGAUGCUACAGAGGAACUAACAGAAGCUGAGAUUGAAGAAACAAUCCUGAAACCACUUCGUGAGGAGCUCAUCAGAAAUGGGCUUCCAAACAGCACCAGUCUGAGGCUGAGAAGAGUUUACCAGACCAACCCAUGAAGACAUCUGUCUGAUUUGAAAUAUAGAUUUGAUCAUUUUCAUAAUGGCUAUGGUCUGGCAUGGGUUUACCCGACUAACCCAUGAAGACAUCUGUCUGGUUUCAAAUGUAAUUUUGAUCAGUUGUAGUCUAGCACAAUUUUUCCAGGCCAACCCAUGAAGACAUCUAUCUUCUGAUUCCUCUACAGUCAACAGUUACCAAGUGAUUUCAACUAUAAACCCAAUAUUAGUUUUACCUAAAUGAGUCGAUUAUUGAUUAUGAAUGAUGAUUAAUAUCAGCGCAAAACUUUGUAUUAAAUUUCUUUCCAUGGAUCUGUAUACAACUCUGCAGUCAGAUGUAUGAAUCAACAGAGCAUUUUACUGUUUUUUUUUGUUUUUGUUUAAUGUGUACAGUGCAAAGAGUCAAAUACAUUUUGCUUCCUGAGACAGGUGGUCCAUGGCGAGCUUUAGGAAUAUUUCAUUGUCUAUGGAGGUAAUGGAGAACAAAAUGGCUAAAGCAGGAAUACAGUUGCUGUAUGAUUUACCAUGUAUGCAACUGUGGCAAAUAAAUGCACAUAGCCUACAUUACCUGCCAGAGAACUAUCAGAGUAUACUCCCCAUACUGACCUAAGAGGCAGAUAACCCAUCAUGACCUACAGCAGGGCUAUUCAAUUAAAUAUCAACGAGGGCCAGUUUUUCAAAUUCCUCCCAGCAAAGGGGCCGAACUAUACGUAUGUAUUAUGGUUGCCGACUGUCCUACCCCAAUAAGUUUUGUAUUUCUUAGAUAUAGUUUCCUGCAUUUUAACGUCCGUUUCCACUCAAUACGGAACCCGUACUUUUAUCUCUAAAUACCGAAAAACGAUUCUGUAUUUUAAGGGGCCUGUGGGGGCCCAGAACUUUGCCAUUCAAGGGCCGCAUCUGGCCCCAGGGCCGCCAUUUGAAUAGCCCUGACCUACAGGCUAUUGUUCCAUACGAAUUAUUACUUUUCACACCAAAACAGUCAAAACCUCCUAGGGCAGCAUUGUCAGAUACAUAACAAGGACUGUAAAUAUUUACAUCUAUAUUUACAUCUAUACUCUAAACUACUGCAGUACUGUUGCAAUACAAAAGCAGGUAUCAGGUAUAGUUUAUAUAUGGUCAUUAAUGGUAUUCAGGUUUUAAAAAAUAUAUCUGUUUGGGCUUGUUAUGCCUUUAUUGUGACAGGACAGUUACAGAGGGACAGGAAAUGAGCAGGGAGAGGGAGAUGGGGAAGGUUCUGCAAAUGACCCGGGCCGAAAUCGAACCGGGGUCACCAACAUAGUAACCCAGUGCCCUACCGUUAGGUCAUGGCAGGGCCAUUUAGUGUUGUAAUAACCAUAUUUCUUUCCAUCUAAACAAAUAUUUUCAUUUCAUUUUGCUAUUGAGUGAUGCAAGUUAAGGAGAAAUUAAUUGGACUGGCAAACACAAAAACAGACCGUCAGACAGACACCCUCAGAGUGAAAUGUCCACAGAAAUGUCCACAAAUGUCCAAAUGUUUACAGACCACACAGAGGCGUUCUCCGGAAGUCCACCACUAUUUCCUUGUUUUAGUGGUGUUCAACUGCAGCUGGUUAGCCUGGCCUAGCCCAACAAAGUUCUUCACACGGCUCCUGUACUCCCCCUCCUGACCACCCUUUGCACCCCAGAAUUGUGUCAUUAAAGAGCUGCACGAGGCAAGUCCCCAACAAGGGUGUUCCAUGAUCCAGGUCACCAGGCCAGUCUCCACUCCACUCUGCAUCAAUUUGAGUUUGUCUCUCAACAGAAGUAUCUGGACGAUGUUGGAAACACUAGAAAAUUAAGGAAAAAAAACAUGAUUCUCACAGCACUCCCUCCUUUGUCCACGAGAGAGAGAGAGCACCCUGUUGAGAGCAAACAACAUCUCUAGACAAUAUUUUAUUAAUCAGCAUUUUUGUAUCUGG